AUGUGGCACGAAGUUGCACUUUUAGGCGCCACAAUAAGCGGUUUCAUACUUGCCCACAUGUCGUUAGAACAGGAUUCAAACGCGGCCAUGGAGAGCGCAAUGACUCAAAAAAUCCGACGUGGCGGCAAUAUUCACGAUGAGUACGAGAUCUUAGAUGAGGUGGUGGGUGAAGGAGGCUACUGUGUCGUGCAGAAGGGUGUGGACAAACGUACAGGAGAAAUGGUGGCUGUCAAGAUGCUAAGCAAGAGUGAGACGUCUGCCAGUGAGUUCUGGAGUGAGGUAGACGUGCUUCGAGUCGGUGGGCGCCAUCCAAACAUCUUGCAGCUGAGAGGCACGUACGAGACCGAGGACUGCUGGUUCAUUGUGCAGGAGUUGGCUCAAGGUGGAGAGCUUUUCGACCAUUUGGUAGCCAAUGGAGCUUAUUCCGAGCGACAGGCGAGCGACACGAUUCGACAGCUCUGUGAUGCAUUACAGUACUUGCAUCGCAAGGGAAUCGUACAUGGAGAUAUAAAGCCCGAGAACAUUUUGCUACAUGAAGGUCGCAUGUGUCUUGUGGAUUUCGGUGUAUCUUUUCGUAUGGGUGAGCGGUUCUUUUACGACUCGCAUUUAAUGGGGACGGUGGUCUAUGCAGCGCCAGAGACGCUGGAGCAUGGUGCUCUGAUUCAUAGGAGGAAUACUAGGGAUGAACGUAAGAAAGCUAGAGCCACUGGAGAAGCAAUACAGCUGGACGAUACCGAUGAAGAUUUUGAUGCUCAAGCAGGCCCUGACGCGAUCAAAUUUGGACCUAAAUCCGACAUGUUUGCACUAGGCAUUGUGCUGUACAUCUUGCUGUGUGGUUCCCAUCCAUUCGACACGUAUAACAACUUGCCUGACGAAGAGAUCCGAAAGCGAAUCCUCAAAGGAAAAUAUCGAACGCAGUCCCGUGCGUGGCAAUCGAUCUCGCCAUCUGCCCGUGAUUUGAUCCAGAAGCUACUGGAAAUUGAUCCUAAUAAACGUAUAAGCGCGGAGGAGGCACUUCAGCAUCCCUGGUUGCGUAACCAAUCCCAGGUUAGCCCUGAACCAAUGGAAAAUUCUGCUGAGCUGCUUGAAAAAUUUCAAAGAGGUCGUCGUCGUUUACGUGCAAGUAUUCUGGCCGUUCUUCUCAUUGACGCAAUGAACGAGGAUGACAACCAAGAGCUGGAAAGUGUAAAGCGUAGCUUUGCUUGGGGGCUUAGUUCCAGCGUCGAGGCGCUGAACGAGAAAACCAAUGCGCUUCUUUCCACUUUGCAUUUUUUUGACAAAGAGGGAAAAGGAUUCAUUUCCAAAAAUGAUCUUGCGCGUGUCAGCGAGAGCUUGGGCAAACAUAUGAGCGAGAACGAGCUGAAUGAGAUGCUCGUAGGGGCUAGCGGUGAUCCUGAACAAAACGCGUCUUCUGUAGAGUCGGUCGAUUAUGACAACGUGAAGAUGACCAUUUCUACGCUGCGAUCUGCUACCUAUCGCCCAGGAGAGGCCAUCAUUCGCGAAGGACACGCUGGAGCACAUAACGUGUACUUACUGUUGGAUGGUGAGGUUGAAGUUUCUUGCAAGAACCCGAUCAAGAAAUCUAUACCCACCAGUAAGACAGAUGAUGAUACUCCCAUUACAAGCACGUCACACUCUGAAAGCUGUACAGGGUUGGUGUCAAGCGCCUCACGGCCAAGCUCUAUCCAAACGCGACCCACCGCGUCGGGGUACGAGGAAAUGAAGCUCAGGUGUUUGCCAAAGGGGACCUUUUUCGGUGAGAUUGAAUUGGUGCGCCCUGAUGGACGCUUCCUGCCUCGCAUCGCCACCUACCGUUGUGCUAAGGGCAGCAAUACCCCAUGUAAAGUUUUGCAGCUUGUGGCGGAUGACUUCUUGAAUCUAAAGGGUACCUACGAGUCAAUCAACAACCGUCUUGAGAAAACCGCGCACCGCCACGUCCAACAACACUUGCUUGGGUGCGUAGAAGCUGCAAAGGGGUCUGUAAAACUGCGAUCUCUCGACACCGGUGAAUUCAUCUACAAGGAAGGCGAUCCGUGCGACUCGGUGUUUAUCCUACUGGAUGGUAAAGUAGAAGUGCUGAAAGCAAAGGAGGGGGUUGUCGUGGAAGAACUGCACCCAGGAGAUUACUUUCCGCUGGGUGUAUCAGGUCAAACACAAGCUUGCAAGAUUCUUACUCGUCACUCGAGCUUGCGAUGUACACAGCCCGUAAAAGUGGUCGAAAUUGGUGGGGAAACCUUCCGUAGUUUUUUAAGCAGCAACAAGUUUCUGGCCGCAUACUUCCGCCAGGAGGUGAUGACGCGAGAGCAGCGGCGGCUUGAUCGGCUUAUGACGGCAUAA